GGCCUCUAUGGAUCUCCUAAACCCUGAACUUCUGGCUGUGACAUUGAGGUGUAAAUGAUGCACUAUAGAUUUAAUCUGAGUAGAAUCAUAGAAUCAUUUCGGUUGGAACAUGUCCCUGAGACCACCAAGUCCAGCUGUUAACCUUAAGGCUACCAAGUCCACCAGUAAACCAUGUUUCUGAGCACCACGUCCUGGGAUGGCAAUUCAACCACUUCCCUGGGCAGCCUGUGCCAAUGCUUGACAAUACUUAAUGUGGAUGAAGUUUUCUUAACAUCCAAAACUUCCCCUUGUGCAACUUCCGGCUAUAUCCUCUCAUGCUCCCACCUGUUCCUUGGGAAGAGACUGACACCCAGCUCCUUCCAAUAUCCAUUCAGGCACAGGCCUGAGGUGUCCUGUACUGUGUUGUGCUGCAGAAAUUUUGUAGCAGAAUGAUAAACUCUGCUCAUUGUAAACAAAAAAUGCAGGGAGUUCCCACUUGGUACUAGUGAAACAGAUACCUGCAAUAAAGACAUCCAGACAACAAUCCUUUUACUGUGACACUCAAAAUAAUUAAGAGAAUUGCUUUCUUGCAUAGAAGUACUGUAAUGUCUGGAAUGACUGAAAAGGGGACGCUCAUUCUUUCCUAUGACCAAGGUCUGCAUGUCAUGCUCUGUGUGGCCGGAGUGGUGUGACGUUCUUCUGCUCAGGGUUCUCCACAUGUAAAGGGAUGUCGGUUUUUCUGUGCUAAUCUCUCCCAAUGGUGUGAGGUAUAAUCGACAGAGUUGUGAAUGGGACUUAAUCAGCAAGUGUCUCUUAGUAAAACGGCAAGGAACCAACCCCUCCUGGUGUAAAACUGCUGCCUCUUGGGUUGUUUCAACUCGAUGGUUCGUGUGUCUCAUGCAAUUAGUAACCAGAUGGCUUAUUCCUGUUUUUAGCUUAUGAGAGGGGGAGACUAUUUUGUGCACUGCAGGAUCUGAACACUUUGCUGAGGUUUCGUGAGGGAAUCGUCGGAAGCACCGUUUAGAAAGCAAUGGGAAUGGCAGAACUUUUCAGAGAGACUCUCCUGAACGCACGCAUGUCCCUGAUUUUGUAAGCAUUGUUUUCAGGGAUGCUGGCAAGCGUGGGGCUGCAGCAGGUGCUGCUGGCUGAGCAGGAGUGGGGGCGAGGCGGAGGCCGCAGUCGAGCGCCAGAGAGCUGCAGUUGCUGUCGGUGGCUGCGAGUGAUGCUCCCGUUCCCUCUAGACCAGUGAGGUGCGAACGGCGGGGACCGGGCAGACCUCCAUACGCCUCGGCAGAGCCUCUUCAUGCUGCUGCGAGACCGCGGGCAGCCGCCGCGCUCCGUCACCGGCACCCUCAGCACCGCCCUGUGCGGGGCUUCUGCUUUCUCCAGCUCAACCACGCUUCUGAGGGGAGGAGCCUCAAUAGCCGAUGGCGGCCGAAGGCACCUGCGUAGCCUCUACCUCAUCGCUUCCCUGGGAUGAUACUCUUCGUUCUUGAACCUGUCCGUCGUCGCCUUUUCGGCGGCCGAGCUGCAUGAGACUCGACUCCGAGCACGACUUUCGCCUCCCUCUGCUCCGUUGCGGCGCUAACAGCUACUUCCACACCGAAGGCGUAGACGGGGUUGGUAAGGGCGCUCUGUCUCCGGCUUACCGCUAUGCAUCAUGCCUGACCAGCAGCUCGCGGAAGAGCGAAUUCCAGUUCUCAUUCAGCGCUGAGGCAGGGGCGGGCAAGGACGAAGAGCCGCUGCGUAGCUUCUGCGCGGUGGAGAGGGGGAAGCCGACCCAGGGAGCACAGCCCCUCCUCCCGCUCAGUUGAUGUACUGGCCGGCCGGCAGGCAAGUCACCGCUUGAACCUUGCUGGGACCCGCCUCCAUUCCCUGUCCACAGUCUGAUAUCCCAGAGUCCAUCUAACGCAGUGUUUUUCUAUUCCCUGUGUGCUACACCCGUGGAGACUCUUGCCGUGUUUCUCCGUCCGGGGAAGUCGUCUAAGACCCUCCGAGCUCAGCCUUCGCUUCAUCUUGCCCGUGGGAAAUGCCCUGUGCCGUCUUUGUCUCCGCACUGUUGUCAGGGAUGCUGGCAAGCGCGGGGCUGCAGCAAGCGGUGUUGGCUGAGCAGGCGGCGAUGCGGUGGCCUCCUCCCAGCGCCAGAGCGCAGCAGUUGCUGUCGGCAGAUGAGUGUUUCCACCGUUCCGUCUAGAUAACUCCUUCGAGGAGUGUUACCGUGUGGUGGCGGCGAGAAGGCUGGAUUGGGAGGAACUUUCGGGUAACAACAUGACCGUGAGAACGGCGGGUCGUCGGCUCUGUGGAGCAGCGCGGUGCUGUGGCUGCGGGUGCUGGACGUGAACGGCAACGCGCCGGUGUUCGCGGAGGCGCGCUGCAGCGCCCGUGUGCCCGAGAACAACGCGGCGGGCGCGCUGGUGCUGAGGGUGCGGGCGUGGGACACGGACUGGGGGCAGAACGCACGCGUGCGGUACCGGCUGGGGGAGGGGCGUGUGCGGGGCGCGCCGCUGUCGUCGUCCGGGUCGGUGGAAGCGGAGACGGGCGCGCUGUACGCGCUGCGCUCGUUCGACUACGGGGAGGUGCGCGAGGUGGGGCUGUGGGUGCGGGCGGAGGACGGCGGCGCGCCGGCGCUGAGCAGCAACGUGUCGGUGCGGCUGGUGAUCGUGGACGAGAACGACAACGCGCCGCAGGUGCUGUACCCGCCGGCGGCGUCGGUUGCGCUGGUGCGAGAGCGCGGACAGUAGCCGCCUACCGACAGUUUCUCCGACAUCACGCUGCUUUCUCCGCUCAGAUACACUGCUGAGCAGAGGACGAAGCAGUAACCACUGGCGUCCACCGCUGAAUCGGGGCGGCCAAGGACGAAGAAUCGCUGUACAGGUCGCACCCCGCUGGUGACAGGGAAAACGACCCAGGGAGCUCAGCCCGUCCUCCAUUUCAGCCGCUUUAAUAGCCAGCCGGCAGGCAUGUUCACGCCUAAGCCUUGCUGUGACCCGCCUCCCUUCCAGUUCCUCAGGCUGAGAUUCCUGAGUCCAUGACUCGCCGAGCCUUUCUGUUCCCCGCGUGCUGCUCCGGCUGUGACCCUUGCCUGGUUUCCGCAGCCGGGGAAGGCGGCUUCGUCCCACCGGGCUCAGCCCGAGGAAACACCUCGCGUUUGUCGUGCAGAAAGGCACGGUUUGGCCGGGUGCUGCAUAGCGCAUGGGAAGACGUGAGGCAGGUGCCGGCGUUGCCCGUGCGCUCGGGCUGACCCGGCGGCCCCGUAUGGCUCCCGGCUCUCCGUACCUACGCAUCCCACCCCGGCGCGCUGUGCGCGCGUCCUGCCGCGGGACCUCAGGCGGGCGAGCGAGCUACCCUCGCGUGUGCGCGCGGGUCCGUGUGCCGGUGCAAGGCGGCAGCGCGGAAAACGGGCGGCGGCGGGCGCAGUCUGGCGGCGGAUCGCAGGGUGGCGCUCCCGGCCAAGGCAUCGCCGAGAGGUUGCAAGAUGGGAGGUGGCCGAGCCCGGUCUGGUCCUGCCCAGCCCAGCCCAGGCCGACCGGUCAGCACCAGUGGCGACGGUCGGAGGUAAGCGGUGCCCCGUGACAUCCGCUGCCAGACCGCGGCAGCCGCCCUCCGAACCCCGCAGCCGGACUCGGCGAGAAGCAGGAGGGAUACAAGAAAGGCGGCCGCAUCCCCCCCCACUCCACGCUGCUGCCGGGCGCCGCUUUCCGCGGAGGACUGCGCGGGCGAUCCGCGAGACGGACGCUGUCCCUCCCGGACCGGCCCGACAUGGCGAUCGCAAGGCAAGUGCUUUGUCUCUCUGCUUUCCUGUCUCUGCCGCACGCUCGCUCCCAGCCCCUGCGCUACUCCGUAGCCGAGGAGGGGGAGAGCGGCUCGGUGGUAGGCAACGUGGCGGAGGACGCGGGGCUGGCCCCGGCGCAGCUCUCGGCUCGCCGCGCCCGCCUGGCCUCGGAGGACGGCCGGCAGCACUUUCGCUUAGAGCGCGGCACCGGCCGCCUGCUCGUGGCGGAGAGGCUGGACCGGGAGGAGCUGUGCGGGCAGGCCGCUACCUGCACGCUGCCCUUCGAGCUGGUGCUGGCCAACCCCCUGCAGUUCUUGCGGGUCGAGGUGACCGUGGAGGACAUCAAUGACCAUGCGCCCGUUUUCCCGGAGGAACAAGUCACUUUUAAGAUUCUGGAAACGAGCAACCCGGGUUCACGUUUCCCACUGGAGGGAGCUCGGGACCUGGAUAUUGGCAGCAACAGCAUCCAGACUUACAGCAUCUCUCCCGAGAAUGAGUACUUUAGUGUCUCCUUUGGGACUCGGAGUAAUGGUGACAAAUAUGUGGAACUAGUCUUGCAAAAGCCACUAGACAGAGAGGAACAGGCAGAGAUGCGUUUCACUGUCAUUGCCAUGGAUGGAGGUGUUCAGCCCAGGAGUGGGACCACACAAAUCCAUAUUAUAGUUCUAGAUGUAAAUGACAAUACACCAGUCUUCACACAGGAUCGGUAUGUUGGCCGUAUUUUGGAAAAUGCACCAGAGGGUUCUGUGGUUCUCAGAGUGGUGGCAACCGAUCAGGAUACAGGACAUAAUGGGGACAUCUCCUAUCAGUUCAGCCAAGCAGUGAGCCAGAGUGACUCAGCAUUUGUAAUUGACGCCGUCAGUGGUGAAAUUAAACUCACAAAACCUCUGGACUUUGAGACAGCAGAGAAUCAUGAGCUCAGUGUACGAGCCACAGAUGGUGGUGGCCUGUCAGCAAUCUGCAAGGUGUUGGUGGAGGUGGUGGAUGUGAAUGACAAUGCUCCAGAGCUGGUGGUCAGUUCCUUCAGCAGCCCCCUCCCUGAAAACGCAUUACCUGGGACAGUGGUUGCCCUCUUUAAUGUCAAGGAUAGAGAUUCUGGAGCCAAUGGGAGGGUGUCCUGUGCCCUUGAGGAUCAGCUGUCUUUCUCCCUGCGUCCAGCCUAUAAGAAUUACUAUGAGCUGGUGACCGUGAGCGAGCUAGACCGGGAGGAGACUGCACAGUACAUUCUCAGUGUCACAGCAGCAGAUGCGGGGUCACCUCCUCUCACAACCACCCAGACCUUCACCGUGGACAUCUCUGAUGUGAAUGACAAUGCACCUGUCUUCAACCAGACAUCGUACACCAUGUAUGUGCGUGAGAAUAAUGUCCCCACGGUGCUUGUUGGAGCUAUCAGCGCUGCAGAUGCUGACACAGGGUCGAAUGCCAAGGUGACCUAUUCCCUGGUACCAGCCCACCCUACAGAGCAGCCUCCCUGCUCCUGCAUCUCUGUGAAUUCUGAGAAUGGGGAUGUGUUUGUGUUGCGGCCUCUGGACUAUGAGCAGGUGAAGCAGAUUGAGGUCUUGGUGAGUGCUUCUGAUGCUGGGUCUCCUCCCCUCAGUGCCAAUGUCACUGUCCGCCUUGUUGUGGUGGAUGAGAAUGACAAUGUGCCACUGGUGCUGUACCCGUCGCAGGACAGCAACCCACCAUCCAGUGAGCUGGUGCCCGUGUCAUCUGAGGCAGGGUACCUUGUCACCAAAGUGGUGGCUGUUGAUGCUGACUCAGGGCAGAACUCAUGGCUCUCAUACCACCUGCUGAGGGCCACUGACCCUGGGCUGUUUGUGGUGGGUGCCCAAAGUGGGGAGGUGCGGCUGAGGAGGCCCGUGAUGGAGAGAGACCCUGUGAAGCAGAAGCUUGUUGUUCUGGUGCGAGACAACGGGCAAAAACCACUGUCAGCCACAGCGUCACUGAGCGUGCUUCUGCUCCAUGACUUCUCAGACGUGCGCAUAACACACAGCAGCCUGGCCACAGAGGAUGAGGGUGAUUCCCUAACAAUGUAUUUAAUAAUUUCAUUGGUCUUUGUCUCACUCCUCUUCCUCGCUUCCAUGGCAGCCUUUGUCACUCACAAGGUUUGCAAGAGAAAGGAGUUGAAGGGUGGGCAUGUGCUUUAUGGUGCCAGCAACUUGCAGAGUGGCCUGGCUGAUGCAGUUGCUGCAGGGACCCUGCCCCACCCCUAUUGCUAUGAGAUCAGCCUCACAACAGGCUCAGGCAACAGCGAGUUCAAGUUCCUGAAGCCCAUCCUCCCCAGCCUGCCACUACAGCACUGCACCACAGGUAGAGGCACAGAUCAGGAGCAGGAUUUCACCUGUUGCCCUGUUACCAUGGAGGACAUGGCACCAAACAACGCAGGGACACUCUCUGCGGAGCAGUUCAAUAGUCUUUCCUUUAACUAGGCAAAGGCUUCAUGUCUUGUGAUAGGAAGAGAUAUGGGCUACAUGUAGUGAUGAUUCCUUUGGAGUUAAUCUGCAUUAUCAAUUGGCAACAUUGUUUCCCUUUAAAUUUUUAGUUAUAUGCAAUCUUGUCUCCCCCUUGCAAAAUGAACUUAAAGGCUCUGUUGGACAGUUCAUAAUGUCUGUCAGCUCUGUUACAGCCAUUUAUGAAAUGCUUUAAGAGUCAGGUGAGUUCCAGGGACCCCAGCGAAGUUCUUGUCACUUUUCCUGUUAGGCAAGACCAUGGCCCUCUUAUUCUCUAAUGUAAUGGAAUGGCCUGGUCUGGCAGACAAAUCACUUGCUCUCUGAAUUGCACGUACUCCUUGUCCUGUUCCAGAGAGCAAGGAAGUUGUGAGUUCUGUGUUACAAUGUGGUGCAAUCAUGAGGCUUUUUCUGAUUUGGGUUCUGGAUGUCUGUUUCUGACAUGUAUGGGUUUUUUGUGUUUUGCCUUCUGGUCACUAUAUCUGUCCGUACAGCCAUUCUGUGUCUGCAUAUGCUGUUCUAGUGCUGCCCAGUGCAGCAGGGAGUUGCUCACAUGCAGCCAUUGUGUUUCAUGCAAUUCCAACUCAUCAGGCAAGAAAGAUAUUUUGGCCCGUGGAGAACAACAAUCUCAUCUUCUGUAGGGGAGAACAUCAAAAUGCAGAUGAGAUUUUCCUUUGCUGCAUGAGAGGUGGGUGGAAGGGCUUUCUCCCUGGGAUUACCUUGAAAUUAUAGCAGAACAAACAAUGUUGGCAUAGACUGUAACUGUACAGAGCUGUGAAAACACAUUCUUUGUCUUUGAGUGCACAGUAAGGAAACUCCACAACUCAGUUUAAAGGACCUUAUCUCGAGGUAGAUUUGAGAUAAACUUAGAAAGAGCCAUUAAUUUGGUCUCAUCAUUGUUUUUCCUGGAUUCAGAGUCUUCUUGAUGGGAGUUAAAAGCUGUUCUGAGAUGAUUUUCUGGCUUUGUGUAGAGCUUUUGCAUUCUCUUUUUUGUCCUCACCCCUUCUGCUCUGUGAACUGUCUUGAGCAUUAUCUUACCUAUUCCUCUUAAGGAGGACUGUCACCCCAUAUAUAAUAACAGAUGGUUUGAGUGAAGGCAGUGUGGCACAGAAUGUUUGGAAACCCUCUUACUGUCUUGUGCUUAAUUUAUAAACUCUAGUGUUGUGAAUUGUGAUACACUUGUGUGUAAAACUUCAUUAAAAAGGACACCCACUUGAGUUGAAAAAA